CUUCAUCCUCUUUGCUCUUCACCGAGAUUAGGAAACAAUUUGCUCCUCGAAAACUCCUCCAUUCAUAGAGAGAUGAAUUGAAGUACAGAUGAAUUUAUGGUGGAUAUCAUCUUCAUACGACGGAUCAAUUCCAAGAGACAGACCUUCCCCAGUUUCGCUUCAGCCCUGCUUCUCUCUGGUCUCAAAACGCGAGCUCCUGAUCUCACCAAUAAAGCAAGACAUCACUGACCACCAAUCCCAACUCAAAACCCCUGAAAUUCUGAAAGCUAACCUCAUAACUGGCUUAAAUCCGCACCCAAAAACUUUCCAAGAGUCCAAGCCCUCUUGAAGAAUCUAUCCAUCCUCGAAGGAGCACUAAUCCAUUUUUUACAACUCAUUUAAUGAGAUAUAAACCAUCUCUUGAGGUAUGCCAUUGCUAUAACAUAUCAUUGAUUAGGUGUACCUGAUGAAGAGGAGGACCAAUACAACUUCUCACAGAAAAAAAUGGAUUGGUGAAGACCGGGGCUAAUACAACUUCUCAUCUCUCUCCCCUUCACAUGGUUGAUGAGUGAUUUGAUAGGAUUUUCCAUGCAAUUUUGGACGAUUUUCAUUAUGGGUCAUCCGGAAACAGUCUCUUUGCGCUUUAGUAAAGGGGAAGGGGGAUAUAAUUCAGAUUUUGAUUUGGACUUGCUGAUUGAGACUCCAACUCCUGUUGAAUCAAAUUUGACACCUAUCUCCCAAGACACCAAAGACGUUGAUAGUACUUCACAAUCAUUAUCUAAGCGACUUUGUGAAUAUGAGAUUGAUUGUGAAAGUGAAGUUCGUACAUCCGCUCGAGGUUCAAGUACUAAGAUAGAGAAGCCAUAAAUUAUUAUCUUACUUUUAAAAUUUUGUUUCACUUUUGGGUUUUUCAUUCAGAGCCCGUUUGGUAGCACCAAAAUCGGCUGUUUUGGCUGAUUCUGCUGAAAUUUAUGAUAUUCUGGCUGGAGUGGCUGUUUUGGCUGAUUCUGCUGAUUUAAGAAAAAAAUAUUUUAAAAAUAUAUUUUAUUAAUAAAUUAAAGAAAAAAUUAUAUGUAAAAAUAGCUAAAAUGGUCCUCUACAGUAACUUCAGCCAAUACAGUCAGAAAAGUAACUCCAACCUUACUUUUUCGGCUUAUUACACAAUUCAGCGCGCGAAAGUAAAAGUUACGUGUUUGGUGAAAAAGCUGGCUGAUAAGCCUGAUAAGCCGAAAACAGAGUUCUCCAAACGGGCUCUCAAUAUUCAAAUGCUCUCAAUUGUUAUGUACGUUUUCACUGUUUUGUUUUUCAAGUCAGACGUCUUCAUUCAAUUAUUAAUUCAACAUUAUCUUGCUAUAAUUGCUAAUAAGAUAUUGCUUUGAAAGUAUGGGGAAGAAAACCUGGUUUUUUUAUAUAAAACAUUGUAUAUUAUCUUGCUAUACUUGUAUUUUAUAAUCUUUCAUAAAAC